AUGGCGUUUCUUCCCAGGGGAUGCUUUCCGUCGGUCCCCUCGGAGACGACUCCGAAGCUCUUAGGCUGGAGGCGACGGCGAGGGGGGGAGCCAGCGGCGGCGGCAACGGCGGCGGCGGCGGCAGCAGCAGCUCCCGCUCGAUUCACGCCAUACGCUGCUUCAAUGCGCAGACGGACUUGUCCGCACUGGACCUCUUGCGAAACGGCCGCCUGGGAGACGACGACGAUGACGAUGACGGGAACGGCAAGGCGUUGGCUGCAGCCGCCGCCGGCAACGCUCUGGGUAGAGGCAAAGGCCUGCUCGACCUGGACUCCGUCCCCGUCCUUCGUUUCCUUCUUUCGGGGGGUCUCGCCCCCGACGACUGCAACAGCAGCGGCAACAACAACAGCAGCAGCAGUAACAACACUGGCAUCAACAGCAAUAGCAACAGCAGCAAGAACCGCAGCAGCAGCAGCAGCAGCAGCAGCAGCAGUGGUGACCGCGUGUUCGACCUGUGCCUGACGCGUGGGGAGCGCAACGCCGAGGUUUCCCAAACGGUGGAGGCUUUCAGGCUCAACCGAGACCAGGCCCGUCUUCUCUGGCGCUGUGCGACCUGGUUCCGCCCCGCUGAGGCUGCCGGUGACAAUGACGACGACGAAAGCGACGACGACGCCAAGGAAGGCCCAGGAACUAGAGGGAGGGCCAAGGAGAAGGAGGAGGACCAAGAGCAGGGGCGUCCGACGGAGGAGGGAGGAGGGGGGAUGGCGGGAGAGGACGGCGCCCCGGUUGUUCUCGUGCACGGCGUGUUCGGCGCUGGAAAGUCCCUUACGCUGGUGGCACUAUGUGUGAUGGUCGACAGGAUAGCAGCCGCGGAUGCCCGCUUGAGGUCGUCACGUGGACUCCCCCCCAGGCCAAAGGCAGAACAAGUCAGAGUUCUCCUCGCUUCCGGUACCAACGUUGCCGUCGACAGGGUUCUGAUGGGACUGGUGUCGGCGGGUUUUGACGACAUCGCCCGCCUCGGCUCACAUCGCCGGACGCACAAGUCUCUCCUCGACCGGGUUGUUCACAGCAGCCCCCCUGGGCGCGACGCGCAAAAGGCAGUGCAGAGUGAGCUCCAGGCUAUGCUCAAGACGGCUGUUGGAGCGGAAAGGGACGAGAUUGGGCGAGCGCUGCAGGCGUCGAAGGCGGAAAGCUUCACGACAGACCAAGCCAAACGGUUGCGCGAGGCCCGCGUGACCGGCGUCACCUGCGCGUCGGCGACGGUACCCUUGCUCACAAGACCGCCCCGGUCGCCGCGCCCCCUCCCACGAGGCGGCGUUGUCAGCGGCGGCAACGGCAGCAAUUCCGUUGCAGCGCGAAAGACCGGGGUCGCCACGGGAGGCGCCAAGACGGCUGGUCCAUGGAAACGUCCGGCCGGGGUUGCCGGGAGCAACGGGCGUCGUUUGGGGGGGGGGAGGGGAAGCGCGGGGGAGCGAGGUUGGAGCGGGGGCGGUGGCGAGGGACGUCGCCGCGGGUACGACAUCGUCGUUCUCGACGAGUGCUCGCAGAUCGUGGAGCCGAUGAGCCUGCUGCCGGUCGCCGUUGCGCAGCCGCGGAGGCUCGUGCUUGUGGGAGACCCGAUGCAGCUCCCGCCUCCGGUAGCGCGUGCCAGGAUGCCCAAAGAGGCGUGGCUUGAGAAAGUGAACGCGCGCCCGGGGAACGGGGACACUCUAGAGAAGACCCUGUUCGUUCGCCUGGCCAAGCUCGGCGUUCAGCCCCUGCUGCUAGGCCGGCAGUACCGCUGCCACCCGCAGAUGUCGGCACUGGCAAGCCGCCUCUUCUAUCAGGGCAGGUUGACGGACGGCGUUGCUGCGAGAGACCGGGGGCCGCUAGUGCCGGGGCUCGCGCCGUUGACGCUCCUCGACGCCGCCGGAAGGGGCGCCGAGAGCACGGCCCCCGGCGGCAGCAUCAAGAACGCCUUCGAGGCCCGCGCGGUGGCGGACGUCGUGGUCUCCCUGCUGCGCGCCGGGUCAAGCAACGGCGGCGGCGCUGGCGGCGGCAGUGGCGGCGGUGGUGUAUCCGUGGCCAGUAUCGGGAUCAUUUGCCUAUACAAGGCACAGCUGGCACAGGUCCGCCGUGAGCUGGAGUCGGCGUCUCGGGCCACCCCUGCGGCUUCUUCGAUGCCAUCGUCUUCGUCAUCACUGGAUGUUGGUGUUCAACCUGGGGGAGACGGACGGGAUGAAGGGCAGCAAGGCGGGGGUUCUUCGGUUCCUUCGUGUUGCCGCGACGUGCAGGUUAGCACGGUGGAUGCAUUCCAGGGAGCCGAGAAAGACAUCGUCAUCGUCGCCUCCACGCGCACCGAACGCCUAGGUUUCCUUGUGAGCCCGCAGCGACUUUGCGUGGCCCUUACCCGAGCGAGGCAUCACCUGCUGGUGGUCGGAGAGAAGAGCGUGCUCGUGACGAACCCGCUCUGGAGGGAGGUCGUCGAUGCCAGCAACGUCGUUGUCACCCUCGCACAGAUGUUCUCUUCCAGCAGCACCAGCGGUGGUGGGGGAGGGGCGAGAGAGAAGGGGGAGCCCGUCGCCAGGUCGGCGGAUGGAGCGGGGGGGGAGAAGAGCGGGUGUUGGAAAUGAUGGAGACGGCAACAGAAGCUCUCGUUAUGCUGCUGCUCCUUCUCGCACGUUCGAGGUAGUAUGGAUGGCAGUUGUUUUCACCAUCUAGCCUGCCGGCGUGAUGAAGGGGAGGGCUGGUGCCAUCCCACAGAGUCGGGGUGGUAGCUGAUGCCAUCCAACAGAGUUGGGUUGGCAGCGAUUUUCCUCGGAAACGCGCUGCGUACUCUGAGUUGCGGGGUCCACAUGAACAUAUACACGAAGUUAUCCUUGUCGUAGUCCAUACGGCACGGAAGUAGUUUUGAAGUUUGAGUUUUUUGCUUCAUUUGGUCCGGAUGUAGUCAGUCCACCCGCAGCAAGCACCCAUCCAGCCAGUCGGUCUGCGUUGUUCGUGUUCUUGGAAGAAACUAUUUCCUCCAACGCGGUCUUGAGGCCGGUCGGUCACAACGCUGGCGUGUACAGAACGACCACGUUCCAUCAUCACAGCAUGCUGAUAGAAUAACAUGCUUCGUGGUGCAGAUACAUAGGUUUGGAAGAUGAAAAGUCUACCUACGUAGAUGAGACCACUCUCAUCAAGAGAGAGGAUGAGGACAUUGGGGGCGAGGGCGACGGCGUUUCCUCCGAUAUGGUCGUCGGGAUCUGGCGGGGCUAGGCCUCGCGGGUUUGUUUCAUAGCGGUACACUGGAAGCGACCGAGGGUGGGGUGCUGCAAAGGUAGUGGAAUGCGCACGCACGCCGAUUUUGGUGCAUGCUGGUAUGUAAAACGGUAGAAUGCUAGAUCCAGCCUGCGUGAACGAUAGUCACGGAUGCGAUGGUCACGCCCCGCGAUCAACUACGUUGUUCGCUGGGUGAACAAUCAAUCAGCCGGCGCAAACGACGUACGAGCGACGGGUGGACGUUGAUCGACAUGACUUUUCGAGGCGUUGAUAUCCGUGUUGUGCUGGAGACGAUUGAUUCGCUAGGCAGUGUACUAUAAAUGUUGCUGCUGCGGCGACUGUGGGAUGUGGAUGUGUCUCGCGAAAGAUCGCAGGGGAAAAGAAGCAUUGCUUGGACGACUCUGUCGCCUGCUUUGGUUGAAGCAAAUCCUGGAAUCCCAGAGAUACGAA